UUUGAUCCCAUAUAGGUAGUUCUUAAAACAGCAUAAUGCUUAGGGCAGACAUUCUUUAUUAGUUAAGCUAAACUAUAGUUUGGUUUUAUGAAGACUUCAGAGGCUAUUUUUGGUUUAAGGUUUAUUUUAACCCUCGCUUAAACCGCUUAAACUUUAUUGCAAGCCCAGCUGAUGUUUUGCCCUUCAGAGAUCCUUCAGAAACGUUAACGGGGAGACACUGGCGAGUCCUGUCUCCUGGACGCCUAAGGUUCAGCACCAGCCUUGCUGUGUGUAAGGAAGCUAAGGUUUUUUCUUGUCCCAAGGCUGACAGCAGAACUGUGGAGACAUUGCGGCCACUUGUAGCCACAGUUCAGGAAUGAGGUCGAUAUCAUGGCUGUGUUUGGGGGUUCAGGGAAGCCAGAAUAAGUUCUGUUUGUCACAAUUGAUUCAAACCAUAUAUAGAAGAAGUCAAAGGAUGGUUCCCAGCAAAGAUAUAAACUCAGCUGGUAGGUUCCUUCCUUACAAAUGGCUUGUUUAUAUGUGUGUUUAUGGGGGGAGAGAUAGACGUGGUCAUCUGGGAAAUAUCGUGUGGAUAUGUCAGUUCACACAUCUCUGAUGGGUCAUGCUUGCUGGUAAUGAGAAAGCCUGUGGCAACACGUGUUUUAGAUCACACUAAGCAGCUGAAGCCAUUUUUUUUUUUUUUUGUAUUUCAGUAUUAUUAGAAAUUUUAAGUGUAUGGUGCUAUUCUUAUUGAUAAAAAUACUCCUUGAUCAAGUAACUUUCCUUAGUUUUCCCAUCUGUAAAAUGGGGACAGUAAGGCCUAAUGCUACAGUCCACUUCCAUUAUAAUAAGCCCUUCUACAAUGGCUUUUUCUUUCCAAAAAGGUUUCCAAGCCACAGAUCAGGUUUUGUAAGCAACCUUCAAUACAACAAAAUUUCAGCUCGUCAAAAAAAAUGAGGCAGUCUUCUGCUAUUCAUUGUAAUGGGAUUUGAUUACUGGUACUAUCAUGGGAAAAAUAGAGAAACUAGAAUGUAAUCACUAAGUUUCAGUUAAUUUUUUUUCUAGAAGUUGAGUAGCUUAUAUGUGAAAACAGACCGACAAACAAUGAUCCAGUGUAGAGUUUCCAGGGAUCCUUGCAAUGUUCAGAAAGGGACAUAGAGGCACCGAGGAGGCCAGCCAGUUACCUAGGAAUAUCCCGUAAGCCAGUGGCUGAAGUAAGCUGAAUCCCUGUUUCUAAGUUCUCAGUGUGUGUGUUGUCUUGGGUAAUGUUACCAGUCACUUUUGAAAGCUUGGCAAAGAAACUUCAGUUGAGACUUAAGCUGGCAGGUGCAAGAAGGAAGAAAAGUUGGCCGGCGAUGGCUGUUGUUUGUUGGUGGGAGGACAGUCUCCUGGCUAAAUGGAGGUUUGUUUGGCCCAUCAGACCAUAUAGGGCAUAUGUUUAAAGUUUAACUUCCCACAGCAUGGUUUUGUGCCCACAGCUGUGACUUAAAUAUUUGUCACAAUGAUUUCUUUGGGUUGUUUUGUUUCUUAUGUGUGAAGACAACUAGUUUGGGAUCUUAUCUGGCUUAAAUGGUUAAACCCGGAUUUAGUCCUAUGCCCCUACUCCGCCAAUACGUGAGAGCCGAAGGAAGGCAGUGUGGAGACCGGGUCAGCACCUGAGUCCAGAGACCUGACUUAUUUGCCUGUUUUUGUGACCGGGGCCUUUAUUCACCACCCCGUCUAUAUUGAGACCUCACAGGACCUUUGACAGUUUUAAGUACCAAAUUAACAUAGAUUCUGAAGUAACAUUGGAAUUGGAUUUUCCUUGUAAGUAUAAUGUGGAGUAUACCAUUUUGGUCGUGACACUGUGAUGAGGUUUUCAGAUCUUAAAUAGGCUAAAAGCAAGCAUAGCCACUGAGUGUCCAUCCAGUUCCCUCCUGGUGCAGAGCUUGCUGAGAGCGGUGGAGGCUGGGUGCCAGAGCAAACACCUACAUUCCCAAGUUGCUUGAUCCGCCCUCUCCUUCCCCGUUCUACCUUCUGGGAGAGGUGAGCUUAGUGCCCAGAGAAGAGCCCACCUUCUGAUUCUGGACGUCUGCCUUUUGUAGAAGAACAAAAGCCAUCAGCAGCUCUUCCCACUUUUCCCCUGGCCGCCCACCGCAGCAGUGGGAACCCGCAUUGACCUGGGAGGAGAAAAGACACUUUGUCUCCUUCCCAGCUCGGUCAGUCUUUGUGUCUUCAUCAAUGUGGACAAGAAAGGAGGCAGAGACAGUCCAAGGGUCAAUGCUUCCCCUGGUCUCGAGCCCAGGCUGUUAGGAUCAUUGUGCUUGUGGACUCCUGCUGACCGUGUUCCGUUAGCAGCUGAAGAGCUCAUAGGUACCAUCAGGGACUUGCUGGCCUGCCUGGGUUUGAAUCCCAGCUCUGCCACUUACUAGCUGUGUGACUUGGGACAAAUUACUUAACCUCUCUGUGUUCCAGUUCCUGCAUGGGUAAAAGAAGUGUAGCAAUAGUUCUGCCUCAUUGAGUUGGUAUGAGGAUUAAAUCAUACAAUACAGGUAAAGUGCAUACAGCAGUGCCUGGUCCCUAAUAAAUUCUAUUUAACAGUUAACUGGAAAACAGACCGACAAAAAAGGAUCCAAUGUAGAGUUUCUGGGGCUCCAUGCAAUGUUCAGAAGGGGAGAUGACUGUAUUAUGCCUUUUCCUUGUUUCUUGUUUGAGAGGGAAAGAAGACUAAAGUUAAAGGGAAGUUUUCACCUGCUUUGCUGAGAUCUCAUGCCCUGAAGCUUUGCUCAGCGCCCUUGACAAUGAACGCACAGUGAGCCAGGUACCUGCCAGAGUGUUGGAGCAUCUGAGGUCCUGACUGCCACCAUAAAGGCACAGGGACGGGUCAGUUAUUUUUGGUGUUGGAGGUUGUCAGUGGGACUUCAGAGCUGGAAGGCCACCAAGACUAGGGGCGAAGGGGAUGUUUGCAGGGUUGAUGGAAAAGCCGAGUUCUCCAGUCCCGUGGGGUUGAGAAGUGCAUCGUGGGCCGUUAUUAUGCGGCAUCUCACAUGCUGUUUAUUUAUUUGGUUGGCAGAGCUUGCAUUCCUCCCAUUGUCAGUUGGUUUGUGUUGCUGUUUUUUGUCUGUGUAACCUUUUUUUUGUCUUAAAGAGGCCAGACCACCCUGUAGGAGCAUCCCAUCCCUCUAGGAGACAAAGCAACCCGUGGUCAAUCUCCUAGAGCCCGGGGUGCUCUGGGCUCCGCCAGACCCUGUGCAAAGCUGAGAGCCGGUUAGUGUAGAUCAGGAUUUUUCCGGCAAGUCUCCCUCAUUGCAGAGAGCGCAGGUAACUCUGCAGUGUUACAGUGACAGUGUAAUUGCAGACACCUGUCUGGGUGCUGGAAUGAAUAACCCCGGGAGAGCCCCAUGACCAUGGUGGCAUCCACCGGCCAGUGCCGAAGGUAGAGUCUUGCCAUUCGGGAGUUAGAGGGGUGUUUCUGAGACACGCAUCGAACCUGCAAGAUAUGCUGGGCACUUCCACAUAAAACAGCGCUUUCAAGCUGCACACUGAUUCUGGGAGAGAGGUGUUAUUUUAUCCAUUUUUCAGCUGAGGAAAAUGAUGUUCCCAGAGGUGCAUAAUUUGCCUAAAGACCGCGCUGAUACAAACUUACUUACAAACUGCUGAGCCGUCGUGGGCAUUUUAUACCCAAAACAAAGGUGCUGUGCUGCUCUCAGGAACUGUAGAAAUUAAAGCAGAGGCUGAUGAGAGGGCAGCUAUGGUUGGCGCUCUGAGGGUUCGGGAGGUGAAGGCGCUCCCCGCAGUCCCAGGUGGAUUCCUCAUAGCUGAAUCGGAUGGCCUCCUUAUGACCUGCGUGUUCGGGCCGCUUGGGGAAGGACCCACCGGGGCUGUACCCGGGCCCGCAACCCAGAGGUGUUGCUUCAGGAGGAUGCUUAAAGGUUCGAGCAGGCUUACAUGCAGCCGUGAAGCAGAGGACCUGGGGUUCAGGUUUUUCCAAUGUCUUCCAGAUGCACUUCACUCUGUCACAGGUGGCUAGGAGAUUAUGUUCCCUUCCAACAUCACGUCCUCCUCCGAGCCUCCCAGUCCUGACCCUGCUCCACGGGUAAUCUCCCAGCCCGGAUGAUGAGAGACGGAGAUGAGCAGCUAGUUCGCGUUCCUCAUUCAGUUGUAGUUGAAUUUCCCUCUAAGCAGUGCGUUUGUUGUAGGGUUUGCAAAGAGGUCACAGGUAGCUACGUUUGCUGUUUAUGCAGCAAAUAAGUUUUUAUUUUUCUAAAAUUUAGUUUAAGUCCAUUUCAUGUCUCAGGGCACAUCGUUUGGGGUUAUCAAGGCACAAGCUAAGGAAGGAGAGCCCUGGAAUUUUACCUGUAGACCUGUUAGCCACCCUCAGCUGAUAGAGAAAGGCACAGCCGCCUAGCUACUUGUCGUGGCUCCGGUGAUGGUUCCUCUAUCAUUAAUUAAGAUGCUCGGAUCCCUGGAGUGAUCAGAGAGGAAUUUUUAUAUUAAUGUAGUCCCCAUGUUUUUAUCUAACUGCUGCGUAAUGAAAUGUUGGCCUUCUCUCCCUGCUGAGAUGGAAUCUCUGAUAGAAUUUCCCUCUGUGUCUGCAGUCCCCUAGGUCUACCUCGUGCCUCCAGCUGUUAAGAUUUCUUAACUGAAGAUAGGAAUGUCAAGGCUAUUCCCAAGUCUAUCAUUUUUACUUGCCAUGUGUCUAUAGCUACUUCUUGCUUUUUCACUUGGGUUGAAGAUAUCUUUUACUUUAGGGGAUGUUUUUCAACUUGCGUAUUGAGGUUUCUGCUUGGCUACUUUUCUGAAGCUCUGUGCCUGUCUGCUUUCCUUUGUUUAAUUGUAUAGUUUGUAUUCUCUGUACAGAUACAGAAAGAAAUCGGUCUGUAGUGCUAGGUUGUGGUCUAGGUGGUGGUAGAUCCAGUUUCAUUGGCAGGAAGCCAUGCUCACAGCCAAUCUCAAAAUUUUACUGUUCAGGCAAUAAAUAUUUAUUGAUUAUUUGGCCAACUUCAAUCUUUUCCAGGUGCUAUCCAGCUUCUGCUGCUUGGAUUCAAGCCUGUCACUUGCCACUCCAAAUAUGGCUUCUUACUGUCCCAUCAACAUUAUUCAAGCGCUUGUUUGCGUAGCAUUUGGUUUUGUCUCUAAGAAUUGUAAAAUAUUGACCCAGAUAGUGCUUUUAGGCCCAAAGUAACAUUGGACGUUUUUUGGCUAACAGAUUUCAGGUCUAUCAGUGGUUUGUAGAUAGGGAGAUCCUGUAACUCACCAUCCAAACUGGGACACUUUUGAGAGUGUAAAGGGGCACUAUUAAUUACACCAGGACAACAGACAUAAAUGGAACUCUCUCAGCAAAUGAGGCUACUCAACACAGACACUAAAUUUGGAAGAUAAUACUUUCGGUAAACUCUACUCUCAAUUGCUAACCUAUAGGGUUUAGACCAUCCAAAGUAAGCUAACAGGACCAGAGUUUGAAGCAAUUCAAGUUCACUGUGGUUUUCCCCCAACCAUGACUUAUAUUUUUAAGUUUGUUUUUGAUGCAUAGUUUAAUAUCUCUCGUGCCUGAGAGACACUUUAGAAUCAACCUCAAACAUGUUCACUUUAAGCAUUUGAAACCUCUUAGUAGCUUUUAGUAGCUAUGAUAAGCUGUUGAAUUUUGCUUUGCAAGAUUCUGCGGGUGAGCUGUAAACUGUCUGCAUGCAGCGUGUGUGCGUGUGUGUGUGUGUGUGUGUGUGUGCACGCAUGAGAAAAUGAAAUUUUGAAUAGGAGAGAAAUUGCCAUCAUUUCAUAAGUGAAGGCAAUUAAAAUAUUUGUUUUGUUUUGUUUUGUUUUAAUGUUUAUCCAAGAUGAGAAGUUUUUCUCUUAGGAGCAAAAGAGGCAAAAAAAAAAAAAAAAAGUUUUUUGUACUAUUAAAGUGGCUGAAAUCAAAAACAAAAGUAAAAAACCAACCCCGCGAUUCUUUAGGAGGGCAAGGAGGGAAGAGUGGAUUCAGGUGAAACCUCCCUGUUAGCUAAAACAUAAGAGAAAGAAAGAAGAAGAAUGACGGAAAAGAAGCAAGAAAGUGUGGAAGAACCAAUGAGAGAAUGAAAGAAAGAACAAAGGAAAGAAUGAAAACAGAAAUAUGAGAAUUUAAGUGCUCGUUCAUAGACCUGGGAAAGUCCUCAUGUGGACCAAGCAUUACACUUGGCUAGGAAUUCAAGUCUCAAUUGCCAGGUCUGAACUCGGCGCUGCCGAAUUACAGCCGCUUUCAUUUGUUUCCUGCCCCCUACCAUGUAAUGGCCAAGGGCUCAUUGGAACCACGUGUGAGCCUGAUAUGGAAUGCGCAGAUGUCCCACUGUUAACUCCAAGCAGCAAAGAAAUGAUGUCUCAAGCAUUGAAAGCUACUUUUAGCGGUUUCACUAAAGAGCAGCAACGCCUAGGAAUUCCAAAAGACCCCCGGCAGUGGACAGAAACCCACGUUCGGGACUGGGUGAUGUGGGCUGUGAAUGAGUUCAGCCUGAAGGGCGUGGACUUUCAGAAGUUCUGUAUGAACGGAGCAGCUCUCUGUGCCCUAGGAAAAGACUGCUUUCUUGAGCUGGCCCCAGACUUUGUUGGAGACAUCUUAUGGGAGCAUCUAGAGAUCCUGCAGAAAGAGGAUGUGAAGCCAUAUCAGGUUAAUGGAGUGAACCCCACCUAUCCAGAGUCCCGUUAUACCUCGGAUUACUUUAUUAGCUAUGGUAUCGAGCAUGCCCAGUGCGUUCCUCCAUCGGAGUUCUCCGAGCCUAGCUUCAUCACAGAGUCCUACCAGACGCUUCAUCCUAUCAGUUCUGAGGAGCUCCUCUCCCUCAAGUAUGAAAAUGACUACCCAUCAGUCAUUCUCCGGGACCCUCUCCAGACAGACACCUUGCAGACCGACUACUUUGCCAUCAAACAGGAAGUCGUCACCCCAGACAACAUGUGCAUGGGGAGGACCAGUCGUGGUAAGCUCGGAGGCCAGGACUCUUUUGAGAGCAUAGAGAGCUACGAUAGUUGUGACCGCCUCACCCAGUCCUGGAGCAGCCAGUCAUCUUUCAACAGCCUGCAGCGUGUCCCCUCCUAUGACAGCUUCGACUCAGAGGACUAUCCGGCUGCCCUGCCCAACCACAAGCCCAAGGGCACCUUCAAGGACUAUGUGCGUGACCGUGCUGACCUCAACAAGGACAAGCCUGUCAUUCCUGCUGCUGCUCUGGCUGGCUACACAGGCAGUGGACCAAUCCAGCUGUGGCAGUUUCUUCUGGAAUUACUCACUGAUAAAUCCUGCCAGUCUUUUAUCAGCUGGACAGGAGACGGCUGGGAAUUCAAGCUUUCUGACCCAGAUGAGGUGGCCAGGAGAUGGGGAAAGAGGAAAAACAAGCCUAAGAUGAAUUAUGAGAAACUGAGCCGUGGUUUGCGCUACUAUUACGACAAGAACAUCAUCCACAAGACGGCGGGGAAGCGCUAUGUGUACCGCUUCGUGUGCGACCUGCAGAGCCUGCUGGGGUACACGCCUGAGGAGCUGCACACCAUGCUGGACGUCAAACCCGACGCUGAUGAGUGACGGACACAGCCGCAGCCAGGGACACUGUGUCAGGACAUUUCACAGAACAACUGUGCAGUCGGACUCUUGAUUUUUAAGUGUUAUUCUAUUUUUAAUUUUCCAGAAGUCAUUUUUUUACAUUCAGGGGUGGGAGCUAAGUGAAUUGCAGCUAUAAUCAGUGUGCAUGGAUGGAAAAGGAAAACCAGGACUUUUGGGUUGGGUGGGACAAGAAGUUCUGGAGCAAAUUUUCAGGAGAGAUUGAGAAAGAGAAGGGUCCUCUUGGAAGCCUGAAGAAUCAGGCUUAAGGGAGGAAAAGAUUAACCUGUCCUAUCACUUUUUAAAGUAGUCCAUGAAAAAAUGUGUCUUGUGCUAUGGACCCAUUAGCAAAAGAAAUCGAUACUCUGGAAGUUGUGAGGCUGUUGAAAGGCAAUUAAUUUGCUUUUGUUUUUAGGUCGGGAGGGUAAAAAAGGGGAGGCUGGAUAAAACAGUUUGUUUGGGGGAUGCACAAACCAACCCAGAACUAUUUACCUUCAUUUUGCUUUUGAAACAAAAAUGGACUUCACUGGGAGGGGCCAAAAUUGUUUUUGUGUUAAAAUUUAUUUUAUUAAAUUUUGUGCCAGUAUUUUUUUCUUAAAAAUCGUCUUAAGCUCUAAGGUGGUCUCAGUAUUGCGGUAUCAUGCACGUUUGUGUUUAUUUGCCGGCUGAGGAUUCUGUCACAGUGAAAGAAAACUGUUUAUAUAGACCCCACUGGAAAAGCCAAACCCUGUCACUGAGAUGGGGGAUCCCCAGUUCCUGUGAGACCUGUAUAUGAAGGAAGAACUAAGGCUGAUUUGAGUCUAAGGGCACUGUGCAUGGGAAUUUCAUCUAUAAUUUAAAAAAAAAUGAUCAGCACACCGCUUUACUUGUUUAUCAUUAGCGGAUCCUCGGGGUUUGGACUUAAUGUUGAGCUGAGAGGCAUUAAGUCUUUGAACUGAAUGUAUUUUGCAGCCUGAUUCUGGACUACAGUGCAUGUAGGAGCGCUGUUGGAAGUGGUGGGAAGGAAAUCGAAGGAAUGCCUGUAACGUAUCUGACUUGGAAGAAAAGCUGUGUGCAUGAGCAUUAGCUCUCAGGUCUUAAGGAGUAAGUCCAGAAUGCAGGUAGUUCCAAACUCACACUCACGCUUUCUCCCUUUCGUCUUGGUCCAGUGUGCCCCAUCUGUUGCUUCCCCCCACUCCCUUCUGUUGUUCAGUAGAGAGAAGUGCACAGCUUUCUGAUUGGUGAGUAACUGCAGACUUGCCAUGCAUUGAAGCGUCUCUGAUAAGGCCAUUUAGACUUGCUGGGUUUUAGAAGAAGCAGCAGGAGUUAAGAGAGCAUAUAAGUAAAAUGUGAUUUGACUGCCUCUUCAUUUGAAGAGUUUAAGAUAGUUGAGCUUUAGAAGGUUAAGUGAGAUUGUGUAUGCCGAGUGAACAGUACAGAUGACCUUAGGGCCUGGUGCCGGGAUCUGUUAUCCUGACACAGGGGAAGUAAAAAGAAUAAUACUUGCAAUACAGGAAUGGCUUGAAGGUAAAGGAAACACAAGGAAAGGAACUGGAGUGAAGAAAAUAAGGUGGUCCAUGACAUUUGAGUAUGUUUUCAGUACCCCCAAAGUUUAAGCGUAAUCAACUGAGCCGGUCAGCUGGUUUGUGAGGGAUGAUCUGAAAUUGGAUUAUUUUGGGAGACACCAGCAUCUCGGCAUCUCAUUAUUGAGAAGUGCCUAAUACGAUUAGAAUCCAACCCACCAUAGAGAUACCUGAUUAAUAGCAUGAUGGAAGCAGGAAGGCUUUGCAAGCCUCCACGAGAGAGGUGAAGAAGCAUUUAAGAUGGGCUGCUCAGGGCUAGCCCUUUUUGAGCUUUAGCUGAGCAACUGAGUUGCUAACUACUUUCUAGCAUAUCUUCAAGAAUGUUGAUGGUUUCCUCCCCGGUCCUCUUGCAGACAGUUAUCAGGAGCAUGGCUGCGUGAUUCCUGAGUGUCCUAGCAGUAAUAGGAAAAGCAAAGGCGGAAUGAUUUCCGCUGUCUGUUUUGAUCUCCUUUCUGAUGCGGGUGCCUUAAUAAAGCUCUCGAAGUGUUUUAGGAGCUGCUCAGGGAGCGUUAGGUGGAAUCGUUUGGACAACAUUGUUUUCUCUGUGAUUAUGUGAUCUUCACUGGGCACUGGUAAAAGGGGGUGUGUGUCUGUGUGUCUGUGUAUGUGUGUUUGCAGAUACGCAGACCUGCAGCUGAGAUAAUACCUGUGUUUCCUAGUUUAGCCUUUUCACAUUUCAGUAAUGGGCAAGAGUAGUGCCAUGGUCAGGCAUAGAGCAUUGCUUGCUGUUGGCAACCAGGCGUAAAAUCACUUUCUCAACCCGUCAACCUUUCCUCUUAAAUUGAUGCUGAAAACUCCCCUUCUGUUAGUAUGUCUGACUCGGGCAACUCCAUAGCAGAUAAGAGAUAAGAAAGUGCCUCCUAGUGCUCCUGAUCCCACUUGUGUUUUAAGAUUCGCUUUCUCUCUAGGUCCACCAUUUGCAGUAUUCGUAGAUAGCGUAGUAGUUAAGACAGCUUUGUUGAUCUGGCCAGAUGCUUUUUUCCUCUCUGUCUAAAGGCCAGAGACCAUAGCAGGAAGAGUGGUGGGUGGUUUAUACACUGGAAAUGUAGCAGAAUUGUUGCAUUUGUGCAUUUUCAAAACACAUGUUAACUUCAGAGGAAGGAUGAGCAAAUCUGGUUGAACUGGGUGGAACCCUUACUUCCUGGAGAUGCCUUACUGAUGUCGGUUUUGGCUUUGGGGUUCAGAAUCACUUUUGUUCCCGUCUCCAUCCAGGGGAGGGACUUUCCGCUGGAUAGCCCUGAUUUGGGGCUCUGGGGAUUGGAAGUAGCAUUCAGAGAUCAGAUGGCUUAUCCUCACUUUGGAGAUGGAACACUCUGGGUUGUAGAGCAUUAACCUGCCUAACCUUCAUGGCGAAAAAUACACCUCCUCUCUUCUAGUAUGCUGUGCAUGCUGCUUUCUCUGUUGGGGUCUAUAUAAAUUUGUUCAGCUCUUACCUACAUUCCAAAGACGUUUCAAGGAACAAUGAAUAUAUGUAUACAUAUACAUAUAUAAAAUAUAUAUAUUAAAAUGGUAAUUAUCUCUUUCAGGAAUACUGCCUCAGUUAUUGAACUUUUUUAAAGAGUACUUUUUUUUUUUUAAGCUGAGAAGUAUAGGGGUGAAAAAGAUGUUAUAUUAUGUUUGACUAUUUUCCAACUUGUAUUUUCAUAUAAUUUAUAUUUUUUAAAAGCUGAAAAUUUAACAGCAAGAUAAAAAAAGGAAAAGCAGGUGCUUU